UUCAGGCUUGCCGUCAUGGAUCCUCUGCUGGAAGCAAAUGCUACCUUUGCCUUAAAGGUUUUGAGAGUAUUGGGUGAAGAUAGCUCAAAAAAUGUAUUUUUCUCACCCCUGAGCAUGUUUUCAUCUCUGUCUAUGAUCUUAUUGGGAGCAAAUGGAACCACUGCAAGCCAGAUAAGUAAGGUACUUUCUUUGUAUAAUUGCAACGGCAAUGGAGGGGGAGAUUUCCACCAGUGCUUCCAGUCACUUCUCACUGAAGUGAACAAGUCCGACAGAAGGCACAUGCUCAAAACAUCAAACAGUGUCUUUGUAGAAGACAGUUUUGAAAUCCUAGCAUCUUUUAAAGAUUCCUGUCGCAAGUUCUAUGAAGCAGAGAUAGAAAACAUGGACUUCAAGGGCGCUCCAGAGCAGUCCCGCCAGCAUAUCAACACCUGGGUAGCCAAAAAGACAGAAGAUGUAAUCAGAGAGUUGCUGUCUCCAGGUACAGUAAAUUCAAACACUCAGCUGGUUCUUAUGAAUUCCUUCUACUUCAAAGGAAACUGGGAGAAGCCAUUUAACAAAGAGGACACCAGGGAGAUGCCUUUCAAAGUCAGCAAGAAUGAGAAGAAAAUUGUUCAAAUGAUGUUUAACAAGUCUAACUUCAGAACUUACCAUGUGGAAGAUAUAUCUACCACUCUUGCAUUGCUCCCUUAUCUUGGCAAUCAGUUGAGCAUCACCAUCAUGCUUCCAGAUGAAUACGUUGAACUGAGAACGGUGGAGAAUCAAAUAACUUAUGAGAAACUUAUAGAGUGGACAAGGCUGGAAAAUAUGCAAGAAGAAGAGGUGGAGAUUCUUCUCCCACGGUUUAAACUGGAGGAGAGCUAUGACAUGAAGAAUGUCCUUUGCAAGCUGGGCAUGACUAAUGCCUUUGAAGACGGCAGAGCAGACUUUUCUGGAAUAUCUUCUAAGCCAGGCCUAUUUCUGUCCAAGGUUGUUCACAAGAGUGUAGUGGAGGUGAAUGAGGAGGGCACAGAGGCUGCAGCUCCCACUGAAAUAGUCACGAUGGGGUCACCACUGUCUCCCCAGUGCUUAGUCGCUGACCACCCCUUCCUUUUCCUCAUUCAAGAUGACAGGAACAAAGCAAUUUUGUUCCUUGGCCGGUUUUCCUCUCCCUGUUGA